GCGAAAAUGAUGCAAUAAAGAAACUUAAAGAAAAUGAUAUUAUCAAUUGGGAAAAGGCAUUUAAAAUGACUUUUCAAGAUCCUGGAAGCUAUGUAGGCUAUUUACAUGAAGAAAUUCAAUUUGGAAUUAAAAAUGCAAACGCAUAUUAUAAUUAUAUAGCACUUAUACAAAGCUCUGGAUAUGGAAAAAGCCGAGCUGUUAGGGAGCUUUCAAAAUUGAAUUAUUGGAUAUUAUUAUUCUGUUUCCGGUCAAAUGAAUCAUCAGGUUUUCCUCCAAAAACACCCAAAUCUAAUGAAUUUCUCAAAGAGUUACAUGAGUGUGAAAAUGCAGAUGAUGCUGAAAAAGAUAAUAGUAAAAAAUUUUGGGAUGAAGUUGGAAAAGCGAAAGAUAAUCUUUUUGGAGAAAAUUGCAACACUCUUAUUGCAACCACACGAAAAUGCUGUGCUGAUCUGGAUUCUGGUAAGAUACUUUGUAUGUUUGAUGAAGAUUCUUGGCUAUUGGACCCCAGUACUGUUUCAUAUGAUGAUCGCAAUAACUUUCCAUAUAGAGGAUGCAGAAGAGCACUAUUCAGGAUUGGAGCGUGCAUAUUUGGAAUAAUGACAGAUACAAAUUCAAGCAUUGGAAAUUUGGUUCCUAAAGAAAGUGAUGAUAAAUCUACAAGAAAAGUUGGAGAUGAUGUGAAGACUCUUUUAGGCCCAUUUAUACAUAUUGCAUCAACAGAUAUAUACAGUGAUAAAACAAAAUUACCCCAAGAAGUUGAUAGUUUGAGAGAAAUGAUGGGAUUUGAUCUUUGUUUAUAUAGGCGUCCGCUUUGGAUGGCAAAUCUUGUAGCAACAGGUGACAUUAAUGGGACUAUAUCUUUGGCUAGAAAUAAAUUGACUGGGUCAAUUUUGCCCUCAAUGUUGGGAAAUAACAAUAAUUAUGAAGAAAAAUGCAUAAUUGCUUUAUCACAUUUUGGUUGUACUGUAGGCCUUUAUAUUUGUCCUAGAGCAAAAUUACCUUCUCAAUUAGCUUGUAAUCAUAUGGCAACUAUAACUUAUGCUAAUGAAAAUGGAACAGAGGUGUUAAUUUAUUAUCCAUCGGAACCCAUUUUAGCUGAAGCAGUACUGGUGACUUUGCAAAAUGAUUAUUAUCGAAAAGCUGCAAUAACAGUAUUAAAUAAUACAAUUUCUAUGGGUGGAAUAGUUAAUUCUGGUGAUCAAGGAGAACUUGGCAUGAGAAUCAUUUUGCUGACUGCUUGGAUACGCUGUAUUAAAAAAAGAGGUAGUAGCUUAUUUUUUUCUUGUAGAGUACCUGUCAAGGACUUUAUGGAAGCACUUUUUCCCAGAUUUGAAAAAAUUAAAGAUCACCAUAAUACAUGGGAGGAUUAUGAAAUUGGGUUUACACAUUUCAUUCAAAUUACAUAUAAACCAGACUUGAGAAAGUUUGGAUGCGUUAUGAUUAAUUAUAUCCUGAGUAAUAAUCUGGCAAAUAUUGUUAAAAAUAAUUUUUAUUUGGCUAUUUAUGCUCAAAUUGGCAAGGCAUUUACAGUUGAUACAGAGGUCAUAAGUUACAAUUAUGAAAAAUUUUCAGAAAGUUGGAAAUUCAAACAAGCCUCUGCAGAAAGUGAUGAAAACAAAAAAAAUGCAAUUAAUAGAAUAGUGGUGUUAGGAUUGUUAAAUUUUUAUGAGGGGAAAACUUUUGAGUUUGAAGCAAUGCAAUCUUUUAUAUGUGCAAGUAAUGAUCCUUUUAUAAGAGAAGCAAAUAGUAAAAAUAUUAAAAGAGCAAGUUUAUUAUUACGUAUAUUACCAUUGUUUUAUCAGCAAAACAAACAAGAAUAA